CUGCACCCAUGACUUUACAGACACUGCUGAUCUAUGGGCUCGGAGUUACUUUGGCAUCGGUGGCGAUGUUCGCCUCACAAGUGCAUGGUCUUCAGUGUUACGGCUGCAACAUCAUCCAUGGCCAGCGUUAUGUGGACGUGGGCUGCUCCAACCCAGAGGUCAUCACCUGUACACACUCCCACAAGGGCUUCAAGCACCGCUUCUGCAUCAAGACAGAAAGCACUGCGCUUGGCAUCGUCCUGACAAGCGGAUGCGCCACCUCUCGCCACUGUCAGCAGCAGGAGCUGCCAGGCGUUCGCAUCCACUGCUGCGACUCAGACCUAUGCAACAGCGCCUCGCGGUGGCGAACCAGUGGACUACACUACGCCUGUGCCAUCUUCAGUCUGCUGUUAUUAUGGCUACCUUUAUAGUCGAGAGGAGAUGGGCCUAAAACAUGGACUCUAUAUGACGUUGUUUAUCUCAGUGAUGCAUACACUUCGCAGCCACCAUCUCAUCUAUAUUUGUAUCAGAUCACAGACAUGACUUGCAUGAGUUUAUUUUUUUCAGCAGUAAUUUGUUAGUAGGCCCCUAUACAAGACUGCGACACUGUAUAUUACAAGGUAAAGAAGGACAAUACCCCAUAGGCUACCUAACUCAAUUCAUUUAAAUAAUUUCAUUCAACAUUAGUCAUAGUAUGUUCACAGAGAGUAGGAACACAAAUGCUGAUGUGUAAAUAUAAAUAUUCUUUAAUAUAUAAGAGUAUGUUCAUUCUCUGGAAGAAAGCUUUAUUUAUUUUGUUUUGUAUGACUUCGACCAUCAGUUGUGCUUCAUUAUUUAAAGCAUAGUGGGACCUCACUGUCAUAAAAGCUGUAUUUUGAAGUCUUCUGUCAGAAUGAGCAAUGUUCCUGGUGUAUAGGACUGAGCAUCAUGUCCACGACAGACUGGAGACGUAUGACUCUGCAUGCUUGCUAUUUGUGAUAACCUGUUUUAUGUUAGCACAUGGCGUGCAGUGGAGUAAUGUUUCACCAUUUGUAUGAAAGCAUCUUUUUUUAAGUAGAAAGAUAAGUUGUUUAAUUCCACUUUGAAUUGAAAUCAUUGAACAUCAUAUCUUUGCUUUGUUGCACUCUGUAUGUCAGAUAACAUACAAGAUCUUAUCAUAGCAUUAUAUUUUAUGUCCGUCACAAUAAAGCUCAAAAAU